UUUAAAAUGUGCAGUAUAUUGUGUAUAUGUAUUUGCAUGCUAUAUACUGUAUAUGUGCAGUCAAAUUAUGUCAAUUUUACCUAAUAAAACUGGAAAAAAAAAAGACCAAAAAAAGAAAGGACAGAUAAAGCCAGAUAAUUAAACAGAAUUCUUCUUAGAAAAUCCCUUAAAGACUCCUAACUCCUGCUUCAGAGAUGCCCCCACCCAGGGCACUCAGUUGGAAGCCAAAGGCAAGCUUCCUCAUACAUAGGAUAGUGUUGGUAGGUUGGGGGAUCAAAUAGUCACUUCCUCUCCUCAGGAGCACACCCAGAACAUUGGCAGGAGGAUCUAUUCUCUGCCUAGUAACCUGUGACAUCAUGGCCCAUCCUAACUCCCCAUUGGCUAAGAGGCCUGCUUUUUUUCUUGGGGGAAGAAUACGUUGCUCUCUAGGCCCCAGUAAACCUUAAAUCAUAUCCUUGCAUCUGAGAUUCCAUCAAACUGCUUGUUCAGGGACUCUCCUACAAAUUUGAAAUUUUGUGGUUAAUUGUGGGGGCAGAGGUCAAGGUGGCAAGGAAGAUCAUAGGCCAUGGUGGCCUUCCAUUCCAUCGUACUUAUUGCUUCCUGCCUUUUAAACCCCACCCCUCUGGCCUGUUGGGUGGAAUAGAUUUCUGUUUAGCACAAAGUCACGUUAUAACACUGUGGCUCCCAAUUAGCUAUUCACUCAGGAAAGUGUUUAGUCUGUGCUUCAAGACCCAUCACAAUCUUCCAGAUUUCACUCAGAGUUCCAUUAUUCUUUUCUCAGAGACCAUGCUGGGGCCAAAUGAGAACCCAAGUUUCCUCAGUCUGGAACUUUCUGGAAAUCUGACACUGCCGAACUUUCCUCACGUGUAUUUCCCGCCUUUUCUGGUCACCCUCCCCUCUCACUGGCUUUGGCCAAUCAUCAGGCAGUACAAAUCUGACUAGCACCCAGUGAAGUCAUACCAGCUCUUUCAUUGGAUUGGCUGUUUGGUCAGAGCUCUAGCCAUGUCUAGGCUCCUCAGAUUUCCUCAAAGCCUUCUUCAUUUUCCCCCCAGAGACCGUCUCAGCACAGAUCAGGAGAUUCCCCAAGAGUUGAGACUUUAUUGAGGGGAAUAGCUGCGUAGAUCACAGGUCAAGUGUUCUAGCCAGAGACUGAGAGUCCGGCUUGCAGUUUGCUGCCUUCAGUUCAGCAUCCCUCCUGCCUGCUCUGGGCCGGCGCAUGCCAUUGACGUCAGGAGCUCCGCAGUAUCUGAUUGGCUCGCUGAGGGACGGGCCGUGGAGGUAAAGGCUCAGCUCCGGGUUGCUUCCAGUUCCUUACUUGGCAUUCGAGGACCGCAGGCCCAGGUUCUAAAGCCUGGGUUCAGAGCUCGGAGUCGCAGGCUGCAGUUCGCGGCAGCCCCCUGUGCGCUCCUCCUGCUGCAGCCGCCUCAGCGGCCGGCUCCAGCGGGGCCUCCAGGGCAGCGCGAGGCCGUGGCGGUCGAGGACCAGGCGCGCGGGGUCGGGGUCGCCGGCCGCACUGCCCAGCAGCAGGUAGUGGGUGCCUGGCCGUAGGCGCAAGCAGCCGCAGGCCAGGUCGGCGCGGGGCACCCAGGCUUCCUGGCCGCCGCUGCGCACGGGCCGGGCCCGCUGCUUGUACACGGCCAGCACGCGCACGGCCAGCCGCUGCCACACCGGGCCUGCCGCUUCAGACGCCAGCACCUGGGCGCGAAGAACUGCGGGGAGGGGAGAUGUCAGGCCUGGGCAGUGGGGAGCUUCCGGGGUCCCAUAGGCUCAGUAGUGGUAGAGAGAGGCCCGGGACCCGAGAAUGGACUUCCAGGAUGCCGUCAGGAAGAAGAGAGACCUUGAACAUUUGAGGCUGAGAGGUCUGGGGGGGGGGGGGGUCUGACCCUGCUUUAUGAAGAGUGAGGCCUCCUAGAGGAGAGGGGUCAAGGCAACGAAAGCGGGGCUUAUGUGAUGUGAGUUUGUGUUAUAGGAUUGUGAUUGGGAAGGGGUACCUUCCAGGUGUCUCUCUGGAAGAGGGGAGACCAGACCGGGAGAGGAAUCCAGGUGCCCACUAUGGAUAUGCCAGGUGCGGCGCUUGGGAGGUAAUAUUGGAAGCCGAGGAUACAGGAAUUACUUAAAUGUUGGAGGUACCAGAAGGACCCUACAGUGAAUGGGUCCAGGAACAAGGCAGAAGAGGUAGGUCUGCGGUCUAAAAUGCCACGGGGUCAGGUGUUAGGAGCAGAGCCCUUGGAAAAGAGAGGUUUUGCCAGGGGAGAGAAUCUGGAUUAGGGAUUAAUUUGGGGGCUGGAAGGUCAUACUAGUGGUGCUUCACAUGGUGUCCUCUCUGAGGAGGUGAGGUGAGACUUGUUGGGAGCAGGACUCUGGCUUGGUAAGCUAGAUCUAUGAGGCAAAAGAUCCUUGUGGGAGGUGGGGGUCUAAGAUUGAAGUCUAAGAACACUAGUGGCCAGUUGAAGAGCCUCAAGGAGGGGAGGUCUGGGGUCCUAUACCAUUGAGGGAAGUUACUGCGGCUGGACUGAACUCCUGAGUGUCCAAGAGAGCAGAAUUACCCGACGUCAUAGGCUCUGAGGUCAUGGGUCUGGUGUGGACUGAUGGAUUAGGAGACUGGGGAUGAGUCUCUGACAGUAGGGCUAUGUCUCAAGAGAACUGGGACCCUGAAGGGAGGCAGAGAGGGUCUGAGAUAGGCAAGACAGAGCAAGGGUCCCUUCCAUUCAACCAAUUUCCCUUUCUCUUUCUCCUUCCAUCCUGAGGAGAACACCACCCUCCCACAGAGAUAUGAUGCUGAAGGACAUCGUGGAACUCUACAAGGCCAAGAAUAUGAGGGAAGAGGACAUAUAGGAAGGGACCCUCACCCCAGCUGCCCACUGGAGAUCUGGGACGUCUCCCUCCCGCCCCACCUGGGACUUGUGGCCCUGUCCCUCAGGACUCACGCUGGCACGGCAUCCUGGGGGAGCGGCUCUGCUGGAAGCCAGGACCACAGCGGUUGCAUGUCAGGCCAGUGACCCCUAACUUGCAGGAGCACUGUCCACUGGUCUGGUUGCAGGCUCAGAGGGCAGUGCCCAGCUCAGCCAGGGGGAUGUGGUGAUCCUCUGAGGGACUGCCUCCCCAAUUCCCAAGCCCUGUCCAGGCCCAGGAUGAAGCCAGCCCCACCCUCAGGCCACGGACCCCUGGCAGCCACACCACCCAAGACUGUGUGGGUUGUGAGCACCGUCACCCUCCAGGGACCUGCAGCCAGACAGUCCCAAGCCGGCUGGCCCAGCAGGCUCAAGGCAGCCACCAUGAAACUCCUCCGGGCCACUUGCCCUUCCUUGUCCACCAUCUUCUUCCUCUUUGUCAUCUUCGUGGUGUCUGCCAUCUUCCACUGCCACCAGCGCCUGGCUCUGGUGCCCAUCCCCUGGGCCUACCAGGGUCAUGUGGUCCUGGUCUCCAGACACCUGCCCAGCGGGGGCAUGUUCACCAUCAACUCCAAAGGCCGCCUGGGGAACCAGAUGGGGGAGUACGCCACCCUGUAUGCCUUGGCCAAGAUGAAUGGGCGGCCAGCCUUCAUCCCACCCCAGAUGCACAGCACUCUGGCCCCCAUCUUCAGAAUCACCCUCCCUGUCCUGCACGACACCACGGCCAGCAGGAUCCCCUGGGAGAACUACCCACUGAACGACUGGAUGGAGGACCAGUACCGCCACAUCCCAGGGGAGUACGUGCGCCUCACCGGCUACCCCUGCUCCUGGACCUUCUACCACCACCUGCGCGCGGAGAUCCUCCAGGAGUUCACCCUGCACGACCACGUGCGGGAGGAGGCCCAGAAUUUUCUGCGGGAUCUGCAGGCCAAGUGGGCCGGGCAGGCCACCUUCGUAGGGGUCCACGUGCGCCGUGGGGACUAUGUCCAUGUCAUGCCAAGGGUGUGGAAGGGCGUGCUGGCCGACCGGGGCUACCUGCAGCAGGCCCUGGACUGGUUUCGGACCCGCUACCGCAGCCCGGUCUUCGUGAUCACGAGUGACGACAUGGCCUGGUGCCGGCAGAACAUCAACGGCUCCCUCCGGGACGUGGUGUUCGCCGGCAACGGCCAGCAGGGCUCACCUGCCAGGGACUUUGCGCUGCUCAUCCAGUGUAACCACACCGUCAUCACAGUGGGCACCUUUGGGAUCUGGGCUGCCUACCUUACAGGUGGGAACACCAUCUACCUGGCCAAUUUCACCCUGCCCAACUCCCCCUUAGACAUGAUCUUUAAGCCACAGGCAGCCUUUCUGCCAGAGUGGGUGGGUAUCGCAGCCAACCUGGGGCAGGCCAGAGGGAACGACCCCUAGCCGUGCUCCUCUUCUGCCUCGUCUUCGGGUCUAACAGGCAGCAUGAGCUUGGACACCUGAGUUUAAAUCCAGGCUGCUCUGCCUCCCAGCUGGGUGACCUCAGACAACCUCUCGGUGACUUAGUAUACCACCUGAAAAAAAAAAAUAAUGCAGCUCUUUGUGAGCACGCAGCGAGUUCACUUGGUGCCCUGGAAACAUGGGGUGAGUGUUGGCUGCUAACGUACAUGUGAGUGGCGCGCCCUGAACAUUUGGACUGCUAGAAGAGAGAGGCUUUUUUUUUUUUUUUUGCCAUCUCCUUUAUGGCUCCAGGAGCAUGGAGUCCAAAUAUCUUGCAGUUGCUUCCUGAGAGAGUUUGGCUCUUCCUGCCCUCAAAUGAAGAGGAGCUGGGUGUUUUCAGCAGCUGAGAAUUAAAGCUUUGGGUUUAAUGGGCCCUUACCAUGAAAAAAUGUGAGGAAAACAGGAUUUGAGAGGAUGAAUCACAGGGAGAUACCCUUGGUGGAGUGUGGGAGGGCCUGACAAUGAUGGCAGGACUCAGGCAGAACUCAACUCUGGGCUUUGGGUGUCUUUCCUGCAGCGGCAAAGGCACUCACAGUCUACAUGACAUAGAAGCAGCAGGCGGACCACCUAGGGGCAGGGACCACAGAGAUCGGAGCAUGGCCGUGUCAGCAGUCACCUGGGUGGCCAGAUAACCUCACACCCUGCACUGCCUGUGCCCCCAGGACCUAAUGCCACUCUGAGAAACCUCAGUAUGGACGAAAGUUGGAUGAACUGAUUACAGUACUGGUUUUCCUGUGUUCAGUGUAUUUUAAAGUAUGGAGAUACCAGUAUUUUUAUUGGUGUGCUACUCCUUUUUGGAGAUUAAGAAAAAGUUAACGUAUAGUUGUUUACGUUCAUUUACAUUUCCACCAAACAUAGGUGCACUGGUUUAGAAAACAUUUCAAUCACCUCUCUUUCCUGUUUUAAACUCUUUCCAAGUAUCUUAUUAUUUGAAUUCCCAUUUCUUGGCAUAUUCGUGAGGUUGAACACCUCUCCUUUCAUGAUUAAUAAUAUUGUUACCUCCCCAGAGCCAUUUUGGGCCCCAGUUGACUUCCUUAAGUCCUUCAUGGUGUCAUCAUGGUGUGGGGGUAAGGUCAAGAGGAUGUUAAAGAAAGCAGAAGAAGGGUCUGAAGGGGCAGGGAGUUGGGGAGAGAGGUUCUGUAUUUGCUACCUAUUGCUGUGUAACAAAUUACCCCAAAAUUUAGUAGCUUAAAGCAACAACAAUAACAUUAUCUCUUAAGAGUUUCUGUGGGUCAGGCGUUCAGGAGUGGCUUAGCUGAAUGGUUCUGUUUGAGAUACCCAGUGAGGAUGCUGUCAGGUCUCCGCGAGGGCCACAGUCAUCUGAAGGCUUGCCUGGGGCUGGGGGAUCCACUUCCAUGGCUGGCGAGUUGGUGCUAGCUUGAGGCUCUUGGUCAGAUCCUCUUGAUGUGGACCUUGGUGGGGCUAUUUGAGUGUCCUCACCACAUGGUAGCUGGAUCCCUCCAGAGAGAAACCCAAGAGACCAAGGUAGAAACAGUACCUUUACAACUGAGCCUCACCUUGUCACACACUGUCACAUCUGGUGUGUCCCACCCAUCACACUGAGCAGCCUGAGUCAGUAUGGGAGGGUCUGACACCAGCAGAUGAGGAUUAUUUCAGACUAACUUGGAGUCUGCUGUAUUAGUUUGCUAGAGCUGCUAUAACAAAAGUACCACAGAUGAGGAGGCUUAAACCACAGACGUUUAUUGUCUCACAGUUCUGGAGGCUUGAAGUCUGAGAUCGAGGUGUUGGCAGGGUUGGUUCCUUCUGAGGGCUGUGAGGGGAUGAUCUGCUCCGAGCCUCUCUCCUUGGUUUGCAGGUGACCUCUUCCCCCUAUGUCUUUACGUCUUCCCUCUGUACAUGUCUGUGCCCAGAUUUCCUCUUCUUCUAAGGACACCAGUCAUAAUGAAUUAGGGUCCACUUAAUGAUCUCACUUUAACUUAAUUACAUCUAUAAACUGGGCAUAGGACUUCAACAUAAGAAUUUUUGUGGGGACACAGUUCAGCCCGUAACAGCUCCCAGUGUCCAUUUCCAGCCCUCCCCCCCCCCCCGGAGUCAGAUUGGUUUUGGUCCCCUUGCCUUUUCUCCUCCAUUCUCUCAGGACCAGCCCUUCCUCCUCAAGAUAAUUUACCUUAGCCAGGAUAUUUUCCCAGAUUCUCUCUUUGGGAGAGACUCAAGCCAGAAGGAUAGAGGAACCUCAGCCCUGACCCCAGGUUAUCUGUCAAGUGCAACAUCAUUGGAGUGCAGAAGCGGCUGGCAGCCAUAUCUCCCAUUUCAAUAAAACGCUCAUGUGGCAGGUUCCUUCCUGCUGCCCCACCACAAACAUCGCCAGCUUCCUCCACCCUGCUCUGUGCCCUGGGAGGCUGUCUGAUGUUAUCUGCUGUGGCUCGAAUGUUCCUGCCCCCACCCAAAUUCCUGUAUUGAAGCCCUAAUCUCCAGUGUGAAUUUGGAGGUGGGCCUUUGGGAGGUGAUUAGGUUGCACGGGUGGGGCCCUCGUGAAUGGGAUUGAUACCCUUCUAAAAGACACGAGAGAGAUGUAUAAGGGCCAAAGCAGAAUUUGGGCAGCUGCCAAAAUAAAUUGCAUGGAUUCAUUUAACAAAUAUUGAUUGAUCUGCCAGUCGGAGUGGGCUGUCACCAGGAAACAAAUCAGCAGAUCUUGGACUUCUCAGCCCUCAGAAUAGGGAGGAAUACAUUUCUGUUGUUUAAGCCACCUAGGGUGUGGUAUUUUUGUCAAGGCAGCCCAAACUGGCCACCAUAGGAUCUGUAGGCUCCCCUGCCCUAUGCCUCCCUGUUGGCCAGGUCAGUGGGAUCAUAGUCCAGAAAUCACAAGAGGAAGGAGAGUGAAGCUGGGGUGUUUAUUCUCCCAGAUCCAUCCCUGCUGACCAAGAGAUGGUACCAGCUGCCCACUGUUGCCAGCCCCUGGGAGCUGUACCAUCUCUCAUAGUUUACCCUACAUUCUACCCACAUCUUUGUAAAUUAUCCUGUUAAACUCCUCUCAGGUUUGCCCCCAUGAGUGUUCCAUCUCCCGCCAGGACUCUGAGUGGUGCCCCCAGGAUUUUGGUAUUACACAAAAGAAACCCCCCGCCCCCGUUCCCACUUUGCCCCGACAUUGAACCCACUAGCUGAAAUUCGGGCCAGCUUAGUGGAAUGAGGACUUGUUCUCAGUCCAAGUCAAGCUGAUUCACAGAACAUACUGAAAAGAUGUGACAUUGCUCGCAGCCCUGACUUGGAGGAUGAAGGUGAAAUCUCUGGAAUGAUCAUAGCACCCAUGGGCGAGAAACUGAGCACUAGUUUCCUGCACAUCUUUUCUUGCAUGUUCUGGGUACCAUAUAGAUGCUGGAGGAAGAUUCAGAAGACCUGUGCUCACAGUCACCCUCUCAUGUUACCCGUCAGGAGGUCUCUACCCAGAAAGGGCCCUGCAGGUGGACAGAACAGGCACCAGCUGGCAUCUGUGAGCCGAAUGGAGCAGUGUGAUGUUCUGUAUUGAGUUCUGUCUAAUCCAAAUGCUAAGGCCCCCCAGCUCUGUUCCCUGUGCUUGAAGUGCCCUGCUUGAAAGAGGAAGUUAACUUUUAUUGUGUCAAAGCAGGAGCUAGCCAGCUGCCAAAAAUAAGUUACACGAAUUCAUUCAAUAAAUAUUUACUAAGCUCCUUACUAUGUUUGCAAAUCCAAAGCAGAAGGUAGCAAGCCCUUAAAAACCUUCCUCUUGCUCAGAGGGGACACAAGGAUGCCCAGAAGGACAGAAACCACUUACUAUCUCCCAAGACAGAGAUCUCAUAGCCCAGCACACUAGACAGUAUCAGCACAUAGUGUAUGUUUCUUAUGGGUUGAACUGUGCCUCCCAAAAGCUAUGUUGAAAUCCUAACACCCAGCACCUCAGGAUGUGACCUUUGGAAGUAGGGUCUUUACAGACGCGAUUCGUUAAGAUAAGGUCACACUGGAGUAGGGUGGGCCCUUACUCCAACCGGAAGGGUGGCACGCAGACACGCAAGGGGGAAAUGCCCCGUGCUGAAAGAGAUAGGUUGCGGGCCUCCAGAAUUGUGUUUAAAUCACCCAGUGUGUGGUAUGCUAUUACAGCAGCCUCAUAAAACCAAUACAGCGUUUAAUGCAUUUUUACUGACUGAACUGAACAAGCCUUGGGUCAGUGCUAGACUCCUGGCUUAGCACAGAAGCAAUUAACAGCCAGCACGUCUCCGGCUGCCUUCACCCAGGGCAUGUGUUCCUGGUUGGAGCCUGGAACCCGGGGGGCCAUUACGAGAACACCAGGGCUGAGUCAAGCAGGGUGGGACCUAGUUGAACAAGGGAAGCUGUCAGAAGCUAUCCAGGUAUGGCAUUGAAUGACCUACAGCAAUAUCUUUGCUUCUGAUUUAAAAGUUGCUGAAAUCCUCAGAGGCCAUUAAGAUCGCGUGAAGGAUUUCUUUGCAGAAGAUUCUCAGUGUUGACUAGAUGCCUGGACCACAAUUGAGCCAACCCAGGUAGGGCUCUGGGCCCCUUGAGUCAUCCCCGGGUGUUAAUUUGAGCCCAGCCAGAAAUGAGAUGCCUGGGUGAGAUAGCCUUCUUGGGCAUUAUUGGACUCAAAGGAACGGAGCCAGCGGGGCUGGUUUUGCUGAGUAAGGUUCAUUACACAGUUCAGCUGUGGCUCACAAGCUUCUCGGUCUUACUGCCCCCAAAUUCCUGAUAAGCCCCUUUCUCAGGGCCACUGAAAGCAAAGCCUCCCCAUUCCCUCUGAAACCCACCCCUUAGCACUAGGCAACCACCAAUCUGCUUUCUGUCUCUGUGGAUUUGCCCUUUCUGGACAUUUCCUGCAAGAUACGGUUCUUGGGCCAGGCACUGUUUAACCCCUCAGAGAGGUGAAGCCACUUCCUCCAGGAUCACACAACUGCCGAGCGCGGGAGGCCAAGUGGGCAGCCCGGGGCCAGAGGGUGUGCACCGACCGCAGAGUCACAAACCCUCUGAGUCAUCAGGUGAAGUACAGUCUGUGCGGGGCUGAGUGAACAGAGGCUUUGCUUUCAGUGACUGAUUAAUGGUUUGAUGAAAAUGUUCUAAAAUGAUGGUGGGGAUUGAUGCGUAGCUCUGGAUCCAUUCUGAUUUUUAAGUCACUGAUCUGCAAGCCACUAAAAACCACUGAAUUGUAAGGGGGAGGGUAUAGCUCAGUGUAGAGCACAUGCUUAGCAUGCAUGAGGUCAUGGGUUCGAGCCCAAGUACAUCCAUUAAGUAAAAAUUAAUGACAAAUAAGUAAGCCUAAUUACCUCCCCCACACACAAAAAAACCCCAAAAACAAUGACAAAAACAAACCACUGAAUUGUAUACUAUUAAAAAUUAUUUUUCUUCUGGUUUUAUUGGGAUAUACUUGAAAUACAGAACUGUAUGAAUUUAAGAUAUACACCUUAAUCAAGUCAGAUAGUGAUUCAAUUAACAUACAUCAUAAAGUGAUUAUCCCAAGUUAGGUGGACACACAUCAUGUCAUACAGACACACAAAACUAAAGAAAUAGAAAAAAAUUAUCAUGUGAUGAGAACUCUUAGGAUUGACUCUCUUUGAAUCUUAUACUUUAAAUGGGUGAAUGUUUUUUAUGAAGUAUAGUCAGUCUGCAAUGUUGUAUUAAUUCCGGGGAUACAGCAUAGUGAUUCAGUUAUACGUAUAUAUUCCUUUUCAUAUUCUUUUUUAUUAUAGGCUAUUACAAAUUUAAAUGUGUGAAUUUUACAGUAUGUGAAUUCUACCUCCAUAAAACUGUUAUCUAAAAAAACAAAAAAACAAAAAAAACCCACAAACCAGCGCCAGGCAUGUAUACAUGUGUAAUGAGUGUGAUCUAUUACAACACACAAAGCAAAGAGUGCUCUUGUUUGUGAGCGCUGGGGCAGCGACCAGUGGAUCUUCACCUUUGCAUGAGGAUGUGUUGGUGGUGGUUAGAAGGGAAAAAAGGCAGCUUUGAGACCAUCCAGGAAAUUAUCAUUUAGGCUGGGUGUUAUAUGAUGACAUAUUUAGAGAUGAUUGCUAAUAUUUAGAUCUAGUAACAGCAUGGUGCUUUUUAUACAUUUUAAAUGGUUCUCAUCAAUCUGAGGAGCACACUGAUGUGUUUACAGAUUGAAUGAGGAAGCUGGGUCAGGUACAGAUGCCCAAGACUGUCAAUAUGUUGAAAAUGCAGUGGGUACAUGGGGCUGCGUUGUAUUAUUAUCCUGUCUACUUUUGUGCAUGUUGUUAAAUUUAAAUUCCAUAGUAUGGUUUUUUAGAAAUAUACCACAACCCCUUUUUGUGCCAGAGGACAAGCUUAGGAGUGGCUUGGCCCCAUUCCCAACCCCACAUAGCUCUCCGUCUGAUGGCGGGUAACCUUGGCAAUGGAGGCUGGAAGGAUGUUGUAAGUGGUCCUUUAGUUUACGCUGAGUAUCUCCUGAUCGAUGCAGAGGUGGAUGACAGGGUGUCGAGGGUUUUAUCCGCAGCUCUGGACACCCAUGCACCUUCCCUGUGGUCACAAGGGAGCUUUCCAUCCACAUUCCCACAUGCAGCCCUGGGCCCCUCUAAGCCCUCUAGCUCCAUGGUUAAUAAGCAAAACACAUCCUGUGAUCAGAUACUUAUAAACCAGUUUUUCACCUACUUUCAUGUCUGGCAGAAUGUUCAAAAGUCAUGGGGACGCAGGACAGUUCCUCAUUAAGCAACUUCUGGCAUCGCCGGCCCUGGUUAUGAAAUGGGAUAGUGGUAUCCAGAGGCAGACUUUACUUCAUUUCCCUUCGCAGAUACUGCAUUUUUUACAAGUCAAAGGUUUGUGGCAACCCCACGUGGAGAAGGUCUACAGGCGCCAUUUUCCCAACACCAUGGGCUCACUUCUCUGUGUCACAUUUUGGUAAUCCGUGCCAUAUUUCAAAGUUUGCAUUAUUAUUCUAUUUAUCAUGGUGAUCUGUGAUCACUAAUUUUGAUGUUAAUAUUGCAAAAAGAUUGUGAGUCGCUGAAGGCUCAGAUGACGCUUAGCAUCUUUUUAGCAGUGAAGUAUUUUUAUUAAGGUAUGUACGUUGUUUUUUUAACUCUUAAAUAGUUUUAUUUAGUUCUUUUUUUCUUUCAGGCUUUCUGCAAAA